GGUGGCAGUGGCGCGCGCAGCACUGGCGGGGUUGGUUCCUGGGUCGAUGGCCUCACGACAAAAAGCGCGCCGCAAGGGCCCAGCAAGCGCAGCGGCGGAGAUGUCGGGGAUGCAAUGGGCUGGGUCCUUCGAGGCCCUGCCGCUGACCUCCAUGAUCAAACACGCAGGCCGCCGCGCACUUGUGGUCCAAAUUGGGUGGGUUCUCUUGGGUCACGAACUUGACGCGGGCCCGGUACAGGUUCGCGCUGCGCCACUUGUGCAAGUUCAAGAGCCGGCGGGCGAG